GACACAUUGAAACAAGUAUCCUCGCGCUCAGCAUUCGUCUUGUGCUCAAUUCUCGUGUUGACAGUCUUGUUUUCGUAUGACUUGUAUCAAUUGUCAGCUGUUUCAGAGUUAGCCUGGCCAUAUUUCUAGGUUUUUAUUGUUGUUGGAUUUUUGGGUUUACUUUGUAAAUCCCGUUUUUAGCUGGUAAGCAGUUUUCUGGGAAGACUCGCUUUUCUGGACAUAGAAGAAAUGCGAUCAGUCAAACUCGGACCGUCCGUAAUUUGUUCGGAUGAACGUGUAAUUGUGUUGGUCAUUCACUUCUUAUUCUCAGCAAGCGAAGUGUCCGCCAUGGUGGCUGACGAGAUCCGCUUCAAAGGAUGUCUGCUGGGGGACUUUCCAUGUGGGAACCUGAGCAUCUGCUUGCCACAAGGGCUGCACUGCAAUGGCCACCCGGACUGCCCGAACGGCGCCGACGAGGAGAACUGUGGGGACAACAGCGGCUGGGCAGACUUCUUUGAUCGAGUUGUUCGCCGGACCGACCCGCAGGACCUAGCCAGCGACUGCUUGCUGGAAAAGUAUCUGGAUGACUGCAAGUGCAUUCAGACUGAGCUCCAGUGUGUGCAUCUAAACCUGGACACUGUCCCACAGGCCCCCAGGAAUGUCACCUCACUGUCCCUGAAGAGUAACGCCAUUCAGAAACUUGUCGAAGAUGGAUUUUCCAGAUACUCGGAGCUGCAAAGACUAUUUCUUCAGAGGAAUAACAUAUGGAGCGUAUCCAGUCGAGCUUUCAAAGGACUCUACAAGCUCCAAAAACUAUGUCUUAGUCAGAACAGGAUCACUUUGCUAGAACCUGGGGUGUUCAGUGAUCUUCGUAAACUACGCUGGCUGAUCCUGGAUGAUAACCCUUUGAAGAGCAUCUCCCCGGACACAUUCACUGGGCUCAUGUCCCUGUUUUUCUUGUCCAUGGUGAACACAUCCUUGGAGGAGCUCCCCCCAGCAAGACUGUGCUCUCACAUGCCUUCCUUAAGUUGGCUGGACUUUGAAGGGAACAAGAUCCAGGUUCUCGACUUUUCUACACUUCUGACGUGCAACGAGCUCACAGUUUUAUCACUGCGUGGCAAUAAAAUUAGAUUCCUCCCUGAAAAUGUCUUUCAGCCCCUUUUAUUACUGGGAGAACUAGACUUGUCGAGUAACAGGGUCAGGGAGCUGCCGUGGCAGAUCUUCGGGGGAUUAAAGUCCCUGCUGACGCUAAAUAUAUCCCAUAAUCCUUUGAGGGGCAUUCAUCUUGGCCUGUUUGAUCCCCUUAUCAGUCUUCAGUCGUUGAGCCUGGAGGGAAUCGAGAUCCCAAACAUUCAAAAGCGCAUGUUGGAGCCAAUGAAAAACCUGUCACACAUCUAUUUUAAGAUGUUUCAGUACUGCUCUUAUGCGCCACAUGUGCGGAGAUGCAAACCCAACUCGGAUGGGAUCUCCUCCUUCGAGAACCUUCUGGCCAACACAAUCCUGCGCGUAUCCGUGUGGGUUAUGGCCUGCAUCACGUGCUUCGGGAACCUCUUUGUCAUCGGCAUGCGCACUGUCAUCCGGGCCGAGAACCACCUGCAUGCUCUGAGCAUCAAGGUCCUGUGCUGUGCUGACUGCCUCAUGGGGGUGUACCUGUUCUUCCUGGGGGUGUUUGACCUCAAGUUUCGGGGGGAGUACAACCGCAACGCCCAGCUGUGGAUGGAGAGCCCCGCCUGCCACACCAUGGGCUUCCUGGCCACGCUCUCGUCCGAGGUCUCCGUCAUGCUCCUCACCUACCUGACCCUUGAGAAGUUCCUGGCCAUCGUCUUCCCCUUCAGUGACUUGCGGCCAGGCCACUGCCAGGCUGUUGCCGCGCUGGUUGCCAUCUGGCUGCUGGGCGUGCUCAUUGCCGCUGUGCCACUCCUGGACGAAGACCUCUUCGGAAACUACUACGGCCGUAAUGGCGUAUGCUUCCCCCUGCACUCCGACCUCCUGGAAAGACCCACCGCCAAGGGCUACUCCACAGGAAUAUUUCUGGGGCUCAAUCUGGUGGCCUUCCUCAUCAUCGUCUUCUGCUACUCCUGCAUGUUUUACUCUAUAUACCGGACCGGCAUCAACGCCACCGUGCUCCGCAGCCGACUACACAGAGACGUGGCGGUAGCGAACCGCUUCUUUUUUAUCGUGUUCUCUGACGCCCUCUGCUGGAUUCCAAUCUUCCUCAUCAAGAUCCUGUCGCUGCUGGAGGUUGAAAUUCCAGGUACCAUCACUUCCUGGCUGGUGAUCUUCGUUUUGCCCAUCAACAGCGCCUUGAAUCCCAUCCUCUACACCCUGACCACCAGCUUCUUCCGAGAGCAGGUGGAGCUGCUCCUGUGCCAGUGGCAGAAGCAGUCAGGCAUGAAAAAGGAGCGUAAGAGCCUGUCCAGCUGCGUCAUUUACAUGGAAGCUUCACAUAAGGCCUCCUGCCAGCAGCACUGCUUACCCCCAAUAUCCAUUGUGGGUAUAGACACAAAAUAUGGGUGAAGUGAGCGGCGAUGGGAGAUGCUGCAAAUUCUCCAGGCCCGCAGUAGAGACGCAAACCCUGCAGGCUCUGCCUGGGGCCGACAGGGAGAGCAAAGGGCCUGGUCAGUUGCCCGCGGUGCUCUGGGAUUCGCACAAACAGCAUCUCUGCUUGGGGCUACAGCAGGAUGCCAUAUACCUCUGAUGAUUUUGGGGAGACUUUCUGGCAGAGUAGUACGUGUCCAUACUGUUUUAUCUGGGACUACUGUCACCUGUGAAGGAUUUAUAUCUUAGACCUGCAAAUGAAGGAUACCUCCACGGCCUGUUUUCUGAACGUCAAGUCUGGGAUCUCGCUGUAGCCUCAAUGACGUCCGAACACAAGAGCUUCUUGGACAUAGAAUUUUGUGAAGCUCUUUCUUUGCUACAUGGCCAAAAUUUAAGGUGAAUAACUCAUUCAAAUAUAAUCGAAAAAACAAGGAAAAAAACUACGUUUUUUUAAGUGUGACUUUUUUGGCUAUCCUGCUGAAUGGUUGAAAGUCAAGUAAAUCAGUUACAGGGUAUUCACCAGCAGAUGGCAACCUUUCAUUUUAAAUAACAUUAUCUAGAGAAAGUUCCAUUGUGUGGCCACUGGCAUCCUGUUCUGAGCUUAUGCCCGUGGAUGGAUGGAUGGAUGGAUGGAUGGAUGGAUGGAUGGAUAGAUGGAUGGAUGGAUGGAUGGAUGGAUGGAUGGAUGGCGAUAUUGCCUGGGUGACUUGCUGGCUGAAUGAGUAACAUUCUUUGCCUGUCCUUCAGGGUAGGAUGUCUGGGUCCUGCCUCGGAUCUGUAAAUGUCUAGUUUGCAGGCUCUCCCUGAGUUGUGGACAAAGUUCAAGGACUUGCAAUUAUGCUAACUGGUGUCUCUAAUUUGCCCACAGAGUGUGUGUAUGUGUCCUGCGAAGGACUGGCUCCUGUCCAGAGUGUGUCCCUGCCACACCCUAUGCUGUCUGAAAUGUCUAUACAGGAUGCAUGCGUUGUUGUAUUUGUCCAGGCCACCCUUAGUAUUUUAUAAUGGAUCUUAAGGGAUCUAAGUGACCUUAAGUGAUCUAUCUAAGUGAUCUGUUUGCAGAAAAUACAAAAGUUCUUAGCAGCGAUGUCACAUUAAGACUGCUCCUUAAAACUGAAGUUUCUUUAAUGGUGUGUGGGGAGAAAUAUUAAUCAAGAUCAGGUGCAGUGCGUUGCCAGUUUAAUUUAAAUAACAUGAUUAUUCGGUAACAAACAAUUCGAACCAAAUAGGACCUGAAGACAUUGAUUCCACUUCUAAGUUGUGCUUGUCUGUCUGCAGAAUUAAGUGCCCUUGACACCAUUGGCACAUUCUCAUAUGUCAGAUUUUUUAAUAACUCCAGAACAAGAUAGCCUAGUUUCAACAAACUGUGUUAAUCCUUCUAAUGAUGAACUAGAAACAGUCUGUUUAAUGGUACCUUGACCCAUAUUAAAAACGAUUAUUUUAUCAACAUGA